CUGGUUUACAACGGGAGACGCUUAGCUUAUUGGAGGGCAAGCUUGCUUUACGGCCUAAGGUCGCUUUUUACGACAUUUUCCGGCUUCCCAUUCACUUCGCGGUGAAAAUGGCGUCGAGCAGUGGGACAAAAAACUUGGACUUUCGCCGCAAGUGGGACAAAGAUGAAUAUGAGAAGCUCGCUGAGAAGAGGCUCACGGAAGAGAGAGAGAAGAAGGAUGGAAAACCAGUGCAGCCAGUCAAGCGGGAGCUUCUCCGGCAUAGGGACUACAAGGUGGACCUGGAAUCCAAGCUUGGGAAGACCAUUGUCAUCACCAAGACCACCCCACAAUCUGAGAUGGGAGGAUAUUACUGCAAUGUCUGUGACUGUGUUGUGAAGGACUCCAUCAACUUCCUGGAUCACAUUAAUGGAAAGAAACAUCAGCGAAACCUGGGCAUGUCUAUGCGUGUGGAACGUUCCACCUUGGAUCAGGUGAAGAAACGUUUUGAAGUCAAUAAGAAGAAGAUGGAAGAGAAACAAAAGGAUUAUGAUUUUGAGGAAAGGAUGAAGGAGCUCAGAGAAGAAGAGGAAAAGGCCAAAGCCUACAAGAAAGAGAAACAGAAGGAGAAGAAAAGGAAGGCUGAGGAGGACUUGGCAUUUGAGGAGGAUGAUGAAAUGGCAGCUGUGAUGGGCUUCUCUGGCUUUGGUUCCACCAAGAAGAGUUACUGAGGCUUUCUAUGCUUGGCCCUUUGCUGGGCUUAACUUUGAGUGUGGGCGGGGUCAUUUUUUUGGGGGAGUACUUGGGAAAGUCCUUAAGUGGCAGUGGGGAGGGCUAUAGGGUGGGUGUUUAUGCUUUCCCUCGACCUUGAGAGAAAGCACAGGAGGCAGAGGUAAUGCUGGGGCAUAUUCCUUUAGCCUCAGUGUAUCACCCGAGUCACAGGCCCUCUGCCCAUCUGCGUUCCCAAUAAAAAACCUCUUCUGAGGCUGCUUUCCCAAAUCUUCCCCUGCAUCUUCCCCUCUUCAUCUAUCCCGUCUUCUCUGAGCAUCCUACAUUUAUCCUGUGUUCUGCCUUUGUUUUAAUUUUGGCUCUUGCUUGGCCUGCCACGGAAAGGUUCUC